CAUAAAGUUAAUUAUUUCCCUUCUGACAUGCCUUAAAUCGGUCCCAACUGUAAACUUUGACUUUGUCGCGUUCGCUUGUGAAGUUAAUUAAUAAUGAUAUAUUGCCCGUAAAAAUAAAAUCACAAAAUGCGUCAAUUUUCAUUUCCGUUUUUGGCGAUCCUGUACUUCGUGGUAACGAACAUAAAAUGCGCGGAAAAAUCGACGAUCUUGAACCGGGAAAGCCGGCUUUUUGAACUUAGCGAGUUAAAGAACGUUUUUAAUUUUUCCGAUUUUUCCGAGAAUGUUAUUAAUGGGUCGCGGUUGAACUUGACGGAGAGUGAGUUGCGGGUAGAGUUGACUGAAGAACGGGAGGAGGCCGGCAGGAAGUGUUUGAAAAAUGUUACUCACUGUAUGGAAGAAGAUAAAACCUACCAACAAAGCUCAGAAAAACUAUUGAAUUUCAUCGCGACGACUCUGCCACCAUUUGACCUCAGUACAACCCCCGGGGUCAGUCUACCUUGCCAGAGGGAUAGCAGAAAAUACGUCAAUGAUUUGAAAAAAUUCAAAUUAUGGGCCUUGAAGAUGUACGACUCCUCAGCAAAACUUCCUUCAGGCCUCUUAAAUGGCAACGUAAACCAAUUGGGAGACUUCGACAUGUGCCUCUCAGCACUAUCUGAGGACCAUGAUGUCAGCGGUCAGUACUGCCUUGCCUCCUUAGAAAUCCAAAAACCACGAAGCCAGUACCUCGCGGGUUUACAUCGACUGAUCCAGUCACAUUAUCAUUUCAGAAGUAAACUAGAAGACCCCGGACAUCGAGUACCCAGGUUCUCAAGCAUAAACUGGGCGUUAUGUGUGCCGAACUCUUGUACUCCUGAUGAUGUACGGAAGGGUCUUAAGAAAACUGUGAGGAGGAUUUUGGAUGGGACUGAGCUAGAGGUGAGGUAUGAAGUUGAUCCAGAUAUGUGUCAAACUGCGACAAGGGCUAGUGAUGUGCCUUCGUCUACUAUAAUCGCAAUUGCAAUCUUUGCAGCUAUAAUACUUUUCGAACUGUUCGCCACUUUCUACGACCUAUAUGCCAUUGGUGAAAAGAGUAAAUGGAUCACAAGUUUCUCGCUAAAAAAGAACUUUAAUACUUUAACAAGUAUCAACAGAUCACCAGGAGAUAUCCAAGCGGUCCAUGGUAUCAGAAUGCUUAACGCUGUAUUGCUUCUUCUUGCUCAUAAAUCAAUGGCCGUGUUUUUCAUGCCUUAUUCUAACAGAACGUAUGCUGUGGAGUACUUGGGAAGGCCUUUCUCGGUGGUGGCAAGAGCAGCCAGCCUCUACACGGACCCUUUUAUAAUGAUUUCCGGACUUUUGACUUCCUAUUCUUUAAUAGGGAAACUGGAUAAGACUGGAAAGAUUAAUAUUGGACAGGAGUAUAUUUCCAGAUUAUACAGGAUUGUCCCUACGUUCGCUGCCCUAAUAGCUUUUUGUACAUUUAUUUUACCAUGGUUGGCUGAGGGGCCAAUGUGGAACUUAGUUGUAACCCAUCAUUCCGAUAUAUGCAAAAAAAAUUGGUGGAGGAACUUGAUGUUUAUACAUAAUUAUUUUGGCUUUAAAGAUAUGUGUCUAACCCACACACACCACCUAGGCAUCGACACUCAGUUGUUUUUUACCUCCCCAUUCAUGAUUUAUGGCCUCUGGAGGUGGCCUCUUAAAGGAGCAACUGCAUUGACCACAAUUGCGACCAUCAGCACUGUAGCUAGAUUUUAUGUUACUUACACCAUGAGACUGUCGAAUUAUGUACAUUUUGGCACUAGUGUGCAACAAUUAUUUGACACCGCAGAUAAUAUGUAUAUUUUGCCACCCCAUAGGGCUACUGUAUAUAUUAUGGGGAUUUUUAUGGGUUAUAUUCUAAGGAAGCAUGGUAAUGUCACGCUCAGCAAGGUACAAAUAAGAAUGGGCAACACAUUGGCGAUAUUUAGCUUCUUAGUGUCUUAUUUGGGACCGUCUUUCAUGAGCAAAAUCGACUAUAUUUAUAACCCUACACAUGCGGCAUGGUAUGCUGCUGUUUCCCCUAUUUUGUGGACAGCAUCGUUUUGCUGGGUCAUUUAUUCUAGUCAGUUGGGAUACACAGGCACUAUAGGGAAGUUGCUGUCUCAUCCAAUUUGGACCCUAUGGACCAAAGUCUCUUACACAGUGUACCUAACGCAGUUUCCGAUCUUUUUCUUUAACGUGGGAGUAACAAGGUCGGCUCACGAGUUCGGGUUUUUCAGUAAAAUGCUUAACGUUCAAGAAUAUUCCUGGGUUCUAGGCCUUUCCCUACUUUUGUCCAUACUUUUUGAAUUACCCUUCCAGAAUGUGAGAACCUUGAUGCUAAAAAGGACAGAAAAUAGUGCCGAUAAAGUGAAAAAAGUGUCGUAAUAGCAUAAUAAUUAUUUAAUUGCCAAUGUUUUUUGAUGGAAUAAGAUUUUUUAAGAGGUUGGUUGUAGCUCGCAGCAAAAGUUAAUAGGAUAUAAAUUGAUAUGUAUAACGUGUAUAUGUUACGGGUAAAGUUAGAUAAACUGUGGUAAUAGGUAAACUACGAAUUAGGUUUUGUGUAAUCACAGACAUACACAUAAGUUUUCUUUAUGUAAAAUUUAUUUUACGUAACUUCAAGCUUUAGCCGUAACAAGUACAGGGCGUUUCCACUUCAACGCUCACCAUAGGAAUCUUGAUAACUACUAAAGGCAAUCCAAAAAUCAUUAAAUUGGACCAAGGUUCUUUACUUAUGUAGAAAACAAUAGCCAUCAUCAAGCCUAACGGCCUAUUGUUAGUUAAAUAGGCGCUAAUGGUAACAAUUGAAAUUGAAACACCCUGUAUAUUAUUUAUUACACUUCUUUAAGGCAUAUUUUUAUUAGCGCUAAGAACUACCUCUGUAGCUAUAUAGUAUAAGGGUACUUAUGAACCUUGUACAAGUUGUAAAUUUCUUUUAUAGGUUUAUAUAAAUUUUAGACCUGUUAAGUGAAUUUUGAAUGCCAUGUUGUCGAUAACUGCCAAAAAAUUGAAGAUUGUGAUUUUUUGCUAUAAAUAAUAAAUUUUGUAUUUAUAUUAAA